AUGAGAGCACGAGCAUGGAUUCCGCAAGUCGAUGGAGCUGGGAUUUGGAAGCUGCAUCGUAGAUUGGUACCCAAAGGCGGAAACAUCGUGCACGAUCUGAAGCUAGCGAAGGAUUCCGGAAUGGCGUCUGGGGCUACGACCCUAGGUGACCUGGGACCUAGGAACUGCCAGGUAGCGGAAGUGUUUUGUUUUGGCAUGACGAUGUUAGAAACGGCUUCGAAUAUUAUAGUACCUGAGGAAUGGGAACUUGGCAUCGGGUAUUUCCCUGUUGUCGCUGGUGCAGUAAUGUCCGAGCGGAUGACGGACGGAUCCGGCAGGGCGUAUGCAGCGUAUCGGUAUGCAAAGGAUCUAAACUAUUUAUUGUUAUCCCGUGGCCGGCCAAAGAAGAAGAUGGAGAUGUUGGGAGCAAGGCAAUAG